AUGUUUCCUGACAAAAGUCAGAAUCUAUUACAUUCUUCUUGGAUCCCUUUCGUAGGGGAUCUUAUAAAAUGCGGCACCUAUAGUUGGGGUUCUGCAUGUCUAGCUAAAUUGUAUAGAGAAAUGUGUAAGGCGGCAGUGAAAGAUGUUAGGAGCUUGAGCGGAUGUGCACUCCUAUUAACAUCAUGGGCAUUCACACGUAUCCCAUUGUUUGCUCCUGUCACCACAGUGGAACCCUCGUAUCCAUAUGCACAAAGAUGGGCGCAACGAGGGAUGAACUACCGUGCAAAUCCUCGUUUCCAUCUCCAAGGUUAUCGAAACGCUUUGGACCAUAUGCAAGAAAACGAUUUCAUAUGGAGACCGUACAUCCGAUAUCCGCUGCCGAGGCUUGAAGAUAGUCAAAUCUGGAGUGCAACAACAUUCCUUAUCUGUUUCUAUACCGUUGAGAUGCAUCAAACAGAUAGAGUAACACUCCAGUUUGGACUUGAUCAACAAAUUCCGCCCCCCCCCCCCAAGGUGUCUAAGAGAACACCACGCCAUGACUAUGAGAAAGGCACAAAGAGUUAA